AUGAGAUAUGAAGCCCGCAAGACACAGUAUAUAGAAUGCGAAAAGCUAGUUAAACAAUGGAUAAAGGAUAGUAUUGACGAAUACCCUAAUCGAGUGGAAACCAAUAGAAAUCCUACGGAUAUUGAAAAAGAAAUAAGGUACCUUGAAAGCCAAGCAGAGCGCAUAGCACAAGAUAUCGGCGCCUCUGUGGCUGAAAUUGAAGCAACAGCGAUUAGGGUUAUGCAAGAAUGGAAAGACGCAAAAAGCCUGAUUGAACACAUGGAAAAGCUAUGUAGAGCAUUAGGAAAAAUGCUAAGCCAUCGCGUGGAAAGGUGGGAAACGUUUAGAGAUUACAUAGCGCUCGCUGCCAAGACAUAUUUUGCAUAUUACCUUUUGAAGAGAGGAGAUGAGGGAGCAUUAAAGUUUAACCACAGGGCAAAGAAGUUAGAAAUCCGGGUUGCUACAGGUGAUCAAUACAGUAAGGGAAGCCGACAAAAGGAUUCAAGAUCACUAUCCGGCGGUGAAAAGUCAUACUCCCAGAUCAGUUUACUCUUGUCUUUAUGGCAAAGUAUUAGUUCGCCUGUUAUUUGUCUUGAUGAAUUUGAUGUAUUUAUGGAUGCUGUGAAUAGAAAACAGACAAUGAACAUGAUCAUGAACGCUGCUGGGGAUAAUUCAUCACAGUAUAUUUUAAUUACUCCACAAGAUGCAAGUAAUUUAGUACCUGGCCCUUAUGUCACUAUUCAUCGCUUGGCUGAUCCCGAGCGUCGUUAG